ACGAGCGCGCAGAAAGGUCCACGCGCAGUUGCAAGACGAAGAGCAAGAUGGCGGUGGUCGUGCGAAAUUUGCAGGACCAGCUAGAAAAAGCCAAGGAGGGCUUAAAGAGCGUGGACGAAAAUAUCCGAAAACUAACCGGCAGAGAUCCUAGUGAAUUAAGACCGGGUCAAAACAGGAGAAUGACCAUCCCAGGCCCAGGUGGAGGUAGGGGGCGUGGAAUCAACUUGUUGAGGCGUGGUCUCUCAGAUAGCGGUGGAGGACCCCCAGCCAAACAGAGGGACAUUGAAGGGGCACUCUUGAGGCUGGCAGGGGAUCAGCGAGCCAGGAGAGAUUCACGCCAUGACAGUGACGCUGAGGAUGAGGACGAUGUCAAAAAACCAGCGUUGCAGUCAUCAGUGGUAGCUACCUCCAAAGAACGUACGCGUCGAGAUCUUAUUCAAGAUCAGACUAUGGACGAGAAAGGAAAACAAAGAAAUCGGCGCAUGUUUGGUCUGUUGAUGGGAACCUUGCAGAAGUUUAAACAGGAGUCUACUGUGUCCACAGACAGGCUUAAAAAGCGACAAGAAAUUGAGCAGAAAUUGGAAGUGCAGGCAGAACAGGAGCGUAAAAAAGUGGAGAGUGAAAGGCGAGAGCUCUUUGAAGAAAGACGUGCCAAACAAACGGAGCUACGACUUUUGGAGCAGAAAGUGGAGCUCGCUGAACUGCAAGAGGAGUGGAAUGUACACAAUUCAAAGCUCAUCAAUUUCAUUCGCACAAAGACCAAGCCCCCAAUCUUUUACCUGCCAGGCAGAAUGUGCUCGGCCACUCAAAAGCUCCUGGAGGAGUCUCAGAAAAAACUAAAUGGCACAUUUGAUGAGAGACGUGAAGCCUUUGCCGAGCAACUGAACAAAAUGGAAGCUCGGCCAAGGCGUCAGUCCCAGAAGACAGGUGACAGGGAAAUGGAGGAUAGCCGUCGGGCUGAAGAGACGAAGAAAGAAGAUCAAAAGGAGGGUAAGGCUGGAAUAGGGCCGUCAGGUAACCAACAUGAUGUGGAGAUGGAGGAUGAGGAGGCAAAUGAUGUAGUAGUGGAGGAGGCAGUAAUGGAGGAAGGAGAGGAAAGCUCAGAGGUGAGGGAGAAAGAGAUAGAUCAAGAGCAGGAGCAAGGGGAGGAGAAGGAGAAACAAGAGGAGAGUCAGAAGACGGCAGAGGUGGAAGAUGAGGAGGAGGAGGAUGAGGAAGAUAUGGGUGCAGUUGAGGGUAAAGAAGAAGAAAAAGAAGUGGAAGAGCAGAUGGAGGUCACAGAAGUUGCGAGGGAGGUUGAGGGACAGGGUAAGUUGCAGGUUGAGAGUCCAGAGGCUACAGUUGAAGAGGUAGGUAAUGAUCAAAGGGAGGAAGUGCAGGAAACUAAGGAAGAGACUCAGGAGGACAUCAUGACAGACUCUCAGAAAUCCCCUGAAAGCCACAUGGAAACGAAGAUUGAAGAGUCUAAAGAGCCUCCGUUGGAGAGCCCAGCCCCUGAUCCAGUAGAACAUGGCACCAAACAGGACGACCAGGCUCUUGAGACCCAACAACAGCCACACAUCGAACCCGAUCCGGAAGUACCUACUCAAGAGCCAACGGAAGAACCACCAGUCCUGCCAGAAGCAGCCAAAGCAGACAAAAAGGAGGCUGCUGAGGAGGAGGUAGAUAAUACUCGUGGUCGGACCAAAGUCAAGGCUAAGAAGAGCAAGAGUCGUAGCAGUAGCUCCUCUUCGAGUUCUUCCUCAAGCUCUUCAUCCAGUGGAUCCAGCUCCUCCUCCAGUGGUUCCAGCAGCAGUUCCUCUCGUUCUUCCUCUUCUUCGUCUAGUUCUCGCUCUCGCAGUCGCGGCAGGGAUAGAGACGGCCGAGACCGCAAACACCGCCACAGGCCGUCUGACGUGGAGCGUAGAAAAAGUGGCAGCGAGAGGGGACACAAGUCCUCCAAAAGCCACGAAAGUAAGGGUUCCAAAGACAAGAGCUCCAAAUCCGACAGAAAGCGGACAAGUCCAGAAGGGAGCAGGUCAGGGAGACGACCCCCCAGGAGUGAGAGGGAUCGCAAGUCGGAUAGAAAGGAUCGACGUUGAAUAAACAUACUGCCAUAGUUUCCUCUCCGAGGCCGUGUUUGUCAGACUUGUGAGGUUACCAUAGGUUUUUGAGGUGUGGUUGCCUUGCGGUUUUUCUUGAAUGACUUUUAGAUUUAAAAUCUGGGAUUUUUUUUGUUUUCUGGUUUUGUCUGGCAGUUGCUUAAAUGGACUUCAGUGUAUGUCGGAUUUUUUAACAUUUCUAAAGUCUUCUUUUAAGAUCCCAGUUUAAACGUAUUGGAUUCAGUAUCCGACUCCAACACUAUUGACAAGAAACAUUUAACAGUUUCAAGACUUGAAAUGAUCUUGAAAUGUGCUUCUUGUGUUGAAAAGUCAUCUGUUCAGUCACACCAAUUUCAAUAUGUCUGUCAUAUAGUACCUUAGUCACUGACUUUUUUUUAGUUAUGUGAUACCAUAAAGUGAUUUCUAACUUUCAUUAAAUACUUAAUUCUGACA